AAAAGGACAAUGUGGAUAUGGAAUAGUCAUAGUACUACAUUAAAUGAUUUAAAGUACAUUUACUCUCUAUAUGAAAAAUUGUAUCCGUAUCUAAACGUUUAUUUCAUGAUUGGUUGAUUUAUUAUAAUGUUUACUUUACUACUAGUAUUAUUGGAAUGACCUUAAUUUCCUUGUAAAGGAAGGUGUACAACAUACGCCGUUGAAAUGGAUGAUAUUAUAUAUAACUCUUUACGACUGUCUCUUGCAAUAUUAUCAUUUGCAGACAAAUCACAGGGGUUAUCCUUUGAAAAAUUUGAGUGUGAAAAGUUUCAAACAGAACUCAAUUGUACAGUUGGGAACUCAAUAGACGAUAUUAACAUUACAUUUCACCACGAACAGAAUGAUUGCAGUCUUACAAAUGACGUUUAUAAAGAAACCACGAUACCCCUGGACUCAGCGUCUUAUCCAUCUUGUAUUGGCCACAACUCCUGUGUAUUGACAGACAAAAUAGUCAAUGUUUCAAAUUCAGUGGCGGACAAAACGCGGAAAAUAUUUAUACAAUAUCAUUGUGUUCGUACAAGUAAUCAAAACCACAAUAAAAAAAAACCACAAAUAGUUUGUCCCUUCAAUAUGGAGUCAGUAGCAUGUGGAAGUCCAUCAAGAAAAAUAGAAAUUCAGUCAGUUGAAUUGAUACCGUCUUUGUCGUUUUGCGAAAAACAAAUUAUGAAUAACAGUUGUACAGAAAUGAUUCACCAGAAAGUAAAUACAUCCUGCAAUGGGAAACAAAAAUGUAAACCACUUAUUUGGAAUGAAUCAGUCUUUACAUUGGAUGAUUGUAUCAGAAUACCAAAGUUGUUUAAUAUCUCAUUCAGCUGUGUUAAAGCAAUUCCUACUGUACUCCCAUUGCAGGGUGAAAAUAAUGUAGAAGGUGUUGCUGUCGGUGUCACAGUUGGAAUAAUUAUAAUUGUUGGAGUCGUCGUAGUUUUAAUGUGGUUUGUUAGAAGAAAAAGCACAGAUGACAAACAUAAUAUAGCUAGCCACCACAAUAAAAAAGAUGAUUACAUUGGAAAUCAAGAUAUAGCAAUGCCUGCUAACUGCAAUUCUGAGAUGUCCACAAAUUUUAAUUUGAGAAACUAUAAUCUUAACGGAACAAAUGAAGGCGAAACCGUCAACGACCUAGUAUCGAACUUCGAAACCAGAAACAACGGACAAAUAAUAAGACCAUAUUCUAAUUCCGCGAUCUAUUCUACAGCUCUUGAACCUUCCGAAGCGGGGUGUCAUGUGCAGCCUUUAAAUGCAUAUGACUACGAAAUGGCUAAACCAAUCAAUGAUUCUAAAUAUGAUAAAAAUAGACCCGUACCGGAAAAAGACAAUGAUGAAUUUUAUGAAGAUCAGUAUGACAUUUCAGGAAAAAAUGACGGUUCUGAUCAUCAGCAGGGCAUAUAUAGUAGAGCUGUAGAUACUGUGUAUGACAGUGCUUCUCAUAGCAGACAGAAUGAUAUCACCGAUCAGACAUACGACCAUGCCUAUGGUCCGACAACAGAAGAUGAUUAUGAUAUAGCAAAUAACUGAAUAUAUACAAUGUAUGCAUUUACAUUAAAUAUUUUUGAGUUGCUUCAAUCAUACAAUCAUUUCUUUCAAAUAACGAAUCUUAUCCUCAUUAUACCAUAAAAUAAAACUUAUUUUAAUCUUGUAAAAUUUGAAAUUACUUAUUUUAAGAUCCACUAGUCAUUAUCCACCUUUUAUUUAAAAUCAUAUCAAUAUGUUCAUUACUAGAGUGUGACAAUGACAUUUUGAAAUAUGUCACCAAAUCGGUAUAUGUCAAAUAUUAUGGUUUUGGAGGAUUUCUACGCAGUUAUUGAAAGUCAUCGAAAAAAAUUAACCUACUGAUAACAUAUUAAAACUUGCUUACACACUAUCAUAUUGUUUUUUAUACUCUGAAAGAUUUGAUAUAGCAACUCCAAAAUUGCUAGAAUUUCAACACAUAAAAAAAGCAAUUUAUUUUUUUUUUCAGAAUAAAAAAAGGAAGCAAAAGACAAUUACCCACUAAAUUAUAAUUAGCAGACACUUUUAACAACAAUUUACAAAUUUUAUUAUUAAAAUGGAUUUGAAUUAAUUAUACAGCAUCGUCCUUAAUUUAUAUCUCUGUAAUAUUGGCAAAUGGACGUUGCAAACUUCAACCACAAAUUUCGUAAUGAAAUAAAUAAUCUUCAACUUCAUCCAAACUUUGAAUUAUUUACAAGGCAGCAAAAGUCAUGUACAAUGAGCUGCAAAAGUUUCUUAUUGGCAUCCGAUUUUACCUGGAUAGAUGCAUGCUCGAUGAAGGUAGUUUGUCUAGCGAAAUAUUGCGGUUUUUUUUUUAAUCGCAGUGGAAAUAUUUUCAACAUUUUAAUAUGAACAUACUAAAUUGUGUGUAAGAAUAACAUUGUUAGGCAAUUUGUAAUUUCAUUUGUGUAAUUGUAUUAAUGUUUGUACUGAUUUAUCCACUCUCUAAUAGAUUUGUAUGUAUAUAUA